CAGUGGGAAACUACUUCCUGUAUCUUGCGCUUGCGCAGGAUCUCCUCUCCGUACUUUUACUUUCCGACACUGUAUAUUUCCACUCGGCUGAGGAGCCGCCCGAAAACGAUGGUGACAGCAGCUCUUAAGAGAUUCUGGUCCCGUGGGCGCAGUGAAGCGGGAGGAGAGGCAAGUGGUGCCACGACCGCGGUGGUUAAGCCAGGGGUGUGGACGCGACUGGGCACCUGGGCCGGCGCACUGCUUCGGGAUUACGCCGAGGCGUGCGGAGACGCAGCGGCUGCGGCGCGAGCUCGACCGGGCCGCGCGGCGGUGUACAUGGGACUGCUGGGCGGUGCUGCUGCAUGUUGCGCCUUGGCACCCAGCGAGGCGGCAUUCGAGGAGGCUUUGCUUGAUGCAUCGGGUUCUCUCUUGCUGUUGGCGCCGGCCACACGCAACCGCCACUCGGAAGCGUUCUUGCAGCGCCUGCUGUGGCUGAGGGGCCGCGGGCGGCUGCGUCACGUGAACCUGGGGUUCUGCUCGCUGAUUUACGAAGCGCCCUUCGACUCACAGGCCAGCCUCUACCAGGCCCGCUGCCGCUACCUGCAGCCACGCUGGGUCGACUUUCCCGGCCGGGUCCUCGACGUGGGGUUCGUGGGCCGCUGGUGGAUCCUGGAGAAUCGCAUGCAUGAUUGCGACAUCAAUGACGACGAGUUUCUCCACCUGCCUGCGCACCUCCGCGUCGUCGGGCCUCACCAGUUGCACUCUGAGGCCAAUGAGAGGCUGUUUGAGGAGAAGUACAAGCCGAUCAUACUCACCGACGAUCAAGUGGACCAGGCGCUGUGGGAGGAGCAGGUGCUACAGAAGGAGAAAAAGGAUAGGCUAGCUUUGAGCGAAGCUGAUUCACUGGUUCAGUCCGAUGUUUCCAGAUGAAACCGAAGGCUGCCCCCAGGUCACCAGGCGCAGGCAAACUGUUGGCCACGGAUGGUGCAGUUGGUGAGAUGUAUAGAGAGAAAAUACCUUCAUUGUGAUUUUGUGCGAAGUCCUAACUUUUUCCUGUUAGCCGAAGCAAUUGGGAGCCUUGCUGGUCUUAGAGGUACAGAAAAGCUGAAGAACUGCUCUUGAAUAUGGAGAAGAGUUGAAGCAUUUGACCUUAUUAUGCUUAUCGCCCCCGGAACCACUAGUAAGGAACCUGUGCUGUUGUAGCUAUUGCACCUGGGGAUGUAUUUCAAGGGUAGAGCAUUUGUCUAGCAUGCCUGGGUUCCUGGCUUGCAUUUCCAGCACUGCAAAAACAGAACAAAAAAUGGGCUUUUGGUUUUGGGGUUUUUGUUUAUUUGGUUGGUUUUUGAGAAUGUGACUCCCAUAUGCCCAGUCUGGCCCUGACUCCUGCAUCAGCUCUAGUGCACCACAGUGUACUCUGCCCAUGCAUUUGUCCUGUUCAUGGAUGGGGCUACAAAGACGUCCUGAUUGCCAGUGACUCCCAAGAUCCUAAGACCAAUCCCCCAAACCCUCUUUUAGUAGUGUAUAUCUGUGAAUUUUUUUGAGGAAGGUCUGGCUGUAUUGCCCAGGCUAGUCUAAGAGUACUGACUGUUCCUCCCUUUAGAGAACCUUGAUUCAGUUCUCAACAGCCUGAUCUGUAACUCUAGUUCAGGAAAUCUAACGUUCUCUUUUGGAUUCCUUGGGUACUCGGCAGUCACAUGGUGGUGCACAGACAAAAACACCCACGCACGUAUUUUCACGUAUUUUAAAAAUCCUCCUAAAUCGCCUCCCAAGAUUGGGACUAGUCAUGUGCCAGUGUGCCUAACCUCAGAUUUUUCUUUUUCAGUUGUAGCUGAAAUCUAUGUGUUUGAAGUUUGUUUUUGUUGUAGGUUUUUUUGGUUUGUUUGUUACACUGGCUUUCCCAGAACUGGCUAUGAAGAACAAUCUGCCCUUAAACUCAGAUUUGUCUGCUUCUCAAAUUGGAUGUUUUUGGUUUGGUUUGUUUCUGAGAAGUGGUCUCACAGCCCAGACCAACCUCAAACUCACUGCAUAGCAAAGGAUGACUGAAUAAUGGAUCCUCUUGCCUGCAUUCCACAAGUGAAGUGAAAUGUUUCUGUUGUGUGGUUUUUAUUGUUGUUGGGUACUUGGGCUAGACAUUAAAUCCAGGAGCUUGUGCAUACUCAGCAAGCACUGUCCCCCAGUCCUUGGGGUGUUUUGUUUUGCCUGAUGGUCUCCUUAUGUAGUCCUUGAGGACCUCUGACCUCGUUUGUCUUAACUAGUAAUAUUGUAUAUUACUGUCAGUGCAGAAGACAGACACAGAGGCCUUGUCUUAACUAGUAACGUUGUAUAUUACCUUACCAUCAGUGCAGAAGACAGACACAGAGGCCUUGUCUUAACUAGUAACGUUGUAUAUUACCUUACCAUCAGUGCAGAAGACACACAGAGGCCUUGUCUUAACUAGUAACAUUGUAUAUUACCAUCAGUGCAGAAGACAGUCUUAACUAGUAACAUUGUAUAUUACCAUCAGUGCAGAAGACAGACACAGAGGCCUUGUCUUAACUAGUGACUUUGUAUAUUACUGUCAGUGCAGAAGACAGACACAGAGGCAAACAGAUUUUACUGUAUAUGCGUGUUGCAGCAAUUGCAAGUGUGGUAGAAGGCUGGACCAUGUUCUCAUCUGAGAGCUUCCGUGGAGUCAUAUAUCAUUAUACUGCAGGGAGCCUGGAAACGGUUGGAAAGGAACAGGGUGGGGCACAUGGGUUGGACCUUUCAAGCUAAAAUCUUAGGGAAGCAAAACUACCCAUGUCAGGUGGACUGUGACUCGUCAUUAAAAGCAGGAGAUGAAGUAGUCAUCUUGGUCACGAGUUUGUUUAUGGUGGGAGGGCUUCACACAGACUAAGGAUGUGCUGUACACUGCGCUAUUUCCCGUCCUGGUGGUGUGAUUCUGUGUUUUGCCUCUUUCAUUCAUUAUCAGAUAUAUUGAAAGUA